AUGUCUUUGCCCUCCCUUGAAACAACGAGUGUCUAUACGAAAGAUGAAGGGAGUGACCUACUCCAACGCGCUGCCAGCUACACCGAUCUCCCCAGUCAGGCAGACGCAGAUACCGGCUCACCCAGCCUACGAAGAACGUUCUCCGACUAUGCCGUCCCUACACAAGCCGAAUCGCCGACUAAGCCCACGAAAGAAAGUGUAGCUGCCGGGAAAGAUAUCCUACGCCGCACAUCCCUGCGAUCUAAAAAUAGAACCUCCGCCGCCGUCACUCACUUCACACUUUCAUCGUCGGAGGACUUGAAGGACUUGGACCCGCAAAAUGCUGGAACAAAACUACCGGAACACAGGGCACCGGAGCCCGCUGCUCGACCGUCGAAGAGCCGCUCAAUGUCAGGUCGGAUAGUCAGUCUUGCGCGCAAACCAUUUGGAUCAUCAUCGAGAUCACCCUCUCCUUCCACGGCUAAGAGGGUGAAGCAGAGAGCAGAGGAGUCUCCAACGAGAUCAGGAGGGCGCAAAAAUGAGUCGGACUCGGAUUCAGGACCGACGCGCAGGCGGACAAUUCUAUAUAAGCGGCCGCGUCGCCCUAUGCUUGCAGUGGUAGCCAAAGGGCACGAGGACUCUCCUGGAUCACCAAGUAGUCCUUCUAGCAGUAGUCCUGGCAGCACUUUGCUGCGACACCGGACCUCCUUUGAGAAAUUUACUGCCUCUCUCUCUGUCUCGACACCAGUCCUUCCUCCGAUGCCCAAGGGGGCUGCUGCUACAGCUGCUGCUACAGCUGCUUCCUUUCAAAAUACCGCACCCGAGCAAUCGCGGAAGAAAGAUGAGCUUUGGGGGAUAUUCCGCGGCCUGGAAGCGGAUUUCCAAAAGUUCCAAUCUAAGUCAACCUCUCUCAAGGCCAAUGUUAUUCGAUCUUCACUCCUUCCUUUCCUCAGCCGUCAUCAUCUACACACCUCCUGCAAGAAGCUCAGACCCGAAGACUUGGAUCGUCGGGUCAAUAUUCUAAACAAGUGGUGGAUCGGGAUGCUGGAGAUGCUCAAUGGGAAGCACAAUCAGUCAAUAUCUGGAACGGACAGACCUGUCUUCUUAGAGGCAGUUGUGGGCAUUAUGACUCGGCCAGAAUGGCGCAUGCCAUUUCCCACAGCUCAGCAAAGCAGUGGAGUCACAACAGACUCGUUGCAAUAUGCGUCAACUUCUGUGUCGGAAACCUCCGAGGGUUCAGGCUCAUCAGGAUCAGAUUUCCUGGUUGAAUCGAUCCAUCAUAACAUUCGGAACAUUUUUGUGCAAAACCUAUUGUCCCAAAUGUCGUUUGUUGUAGAUCGAAUGUCCAUGAGGCACGCACCUGCAAGUCUGGUCGCUUUCUGCGGCAAGGCUUGUGCCUAUGCCUUCUUUUUCUGCCCAGGGGUACCAGAUAUUUUGGUUCGUCUGUGGAACAUAGCUCCUGCCAUGUUCCGCCGCGUCUUCGCCGAAUCCACCGUGUCUCGAGUUGGGACCAUGCGCGCAUACACCCAAGAGCUCGCACUCAGCUUUCCUGCCGCUCUUCGCCCACUAGCGUUUCACUCGCAUGCACCCUUAUUGCGAUAUUUGCGAACGAAGCCAGAGGCCCCCUUGAACACAGCUAACAUUGCCUGGAAUGGACCAUGGACUACACGCUGGUCUGGCCGCGAAACUGAUUUGUUCUUCGUUUUCGUCAAAUAUAUCCAUAUUCUCUAUGCGGAGUACUUGCCACCAGAGACCGAGAAAGCCAAGCGAAUUUUGGCGCCUGGCUUGCUUCUGGUUCAUGCACAGCUUCUUGUCACGUUUGAGGACACGAUCUACAAGCAAUCAGUACAGCAAAUGCCCGAAAAUCCGUCCACAGCGGCUGCCGUUACAUUUGACGAUUAUCUCGAAUCACCGGAUGCUUCUGCCUCCCCCCAUCAAAUUGGAGGUGCAAGAAACAGCCACCGCUCAAUGGCAGAGAAUCGAUUGAUCAUUCUUUUGCGUGACUUGCUUUCUGAAUCCUCUGCGGAACCGAACCGGGCACGCCUGCUGUAUGCCGAGACAUUCUGUGGGCUUUUAAAGAUUGUUGCCCAGAAGAUUUCCCUCUUUGACCACAAUGCGUGUUUCCUGCUGUGUGACUUUACAGAGGAGGCGAUCCCGAUUAUCACCCGAUAUGCGCAGUCAAUCGAAACGGAGCUCUUCGACUGGGCCUUUUGGUUGGACGUAUGUCGGCAGAUGAAUCAGAGCCAUAAUUCCCUGACCGAAGUUCGGGUGUUUUCGUUCAUUUAUGCCGUCUGGGGAACCUGGACUGCCAGUGAGGAGAGGAAAGCGAGUCUAUGCUUAGACUUUCUAUUGCACGAACCCGUUUUUUACCACUAUUUUAACCAUUGGAGUCCCAUGGUGCGUGCCUACUUCCACCGCCUACUUUGCUGGAGGGUGGGCCGGUUCAGCGGGGAUCCUUCGGCGCUUGAUUCGAACAUAUAUGAGACCCUUUCAGAUCGUUUAAUGCGAGUUUGGGAGUAUUAUGUUGGGUUCCAAUCAAAGGCAGAGGAAGGACUUACUGCACCCUUGUCAUCCGCACCCUGUACACCUGCUCCAGGACGAAGAAUCAUCAUCAUUCGAUGUGACAACCAAAUCUCUCCUGUGAAUCUAUUUGUUUCAUUUGACCGUGUGGUUCCACCCAUGUCUUCCGAUCAAAUCAUGACACAUCGGAGAUCCAGUUCCUCGGAUUCAACGGGUUCAGAAGGCCAGACAUCCAAACGUCGAUGGGGUCUUCUUCGGUCCAUGUUUGGCAGUUCGUCGGCUAGCCGGGCCACAGACGGCAUCAGCAGCAGCUCUGACGAGCUCGACAACACUGGCAUCGAUUUAACCAUGACCUCUGAGAGCAAGUGUCUAGAGGAUCAUGAGCCAACCCCAAACACCAGUUCGGAUGAUCUUGUCCGCCCCAAAACACCCCACCAGCCCUUCUUCUUCAAGUUCUCACUAGAAUGGAUGGAUCGGCCACAGUGGCCUACCAAGAACAAGCGCCUCUUCACCCCCUGCCUCCCCGUGGCAUCUCAAAUCCAUGUGCAGCAUCGACGUUCCCCCUCCAAACCGUGCGAGUUCGACGACGACACCAGCUCCGAAGCUGUGACAGACUCCGAGAUGACUCCUGGUGAAAACCCAUCCGACCUUCCUUCAGAAUCCAAGCUACUCUCGACAGAAACAGUUUCAGAAAUGCAGAAUCGAGUGCACACUACCAAGGACUCGCCAUUGCCAGAACUGCCCUUCCAACCGGUCUACGACCAUCUGGUGCCCAGCAAAUAUGCUGGUCGUGCCCUCGCGGAAUGGGCACACAUCGUCUCGGAAUGCGACAGCUUUUUUGCCCGGCGACGUGAUGAAGGUGUCCCAUCCGACCGCGCCGUUGAGAACCCGACCCUGGGAGUCGAAAGUUUUCGAAAGUAA